AGUAAGAGGACUGGAGGAGGAGGAAGAGAAAGUGGGCAGUCGUUAGGGCUCCACUUUGGGCCUGGCGUCGGUUGCUAAGGAAGCAGCCAUAGAGCCCUCUGCUCUGGCAGCCAGGGAAGGAAGAAGCAGCAGCAGAGGAGGAGGAGGAGGAAGAGAGAAAACAAGAACAGUGGAAUGACAAGCUAGAGACAAAAGAGAGCCUCCUCUCACACCAUCAUGUCUCACACCACUUACAAUAAAAUAUGGGCAGAUGCCCAAGAAUCCCUCAACAGUCUGCUGCAGAAGGAGAUUGAAGAAAAGUCCCAAAAGCCACUGAAAGAUCGCUUAGUAGUGUUUCAAAUGCUUGCUACUUUCUACAUCAAAUAUGUGCAAAUAUUUCGCAACUUGGAAGCUGCUUAUGACCAGAUUGUUCACCCACAAAAACGUAUAAUUAUUCGACAUGUUCUGGAUGGAGUAAUGGGCCGUAUUUUGGAAUUGAAGAAUGAAAUGGUAGAACUGGAGUAUUCUGAAUAUCAUUACUUUGAUGACAUUUUACAGGACCUUAAGCUGCCCCCUGAAAACAUUGAAAUCCCUAUCCCAAAGUAUUUUAUUAAAGAAAAAUUGAAGGUGCUGAAAGAGAGAGAGAGAAUCCUCGCUCAGAUAAUGUUGAAUGCUGGAAUGUAUGAUGAUGAACCUCGAAAGCCGGUAAAGAUCAUGCCCCUAGAAGAAGCUAUUAGAGCUAUUCAGAUAGCUGAACGUGCUCGGCAAGGUCGACUCAGGGCUACAUUCAUGAAGCAAAUCUAUCUGGAAGAAAAGAGGGAGAGGCUAGCCAGACUUCAUGGCAGAAAAGGCCCAGAUCUGGAAACUGCUGCAGUAUGCAUUCAAAGGUUCUGGCGCGGACACUCCCAGUGGAAGAAAACUCUGCAACUUAGAGAAGAAGAAAUGAUAUUUCUAGGCAUGAGUCCACCUCUUCACUUCCAAAGACCUAGUGCUUCAUUGCUACGUGCCCAGAAAGUGGAUAGUUUAAGGUGUGAAAUUCAGGAGAAACAUGAAUCUGACUUCCAGAAAGCCCUAGUGACUAUUAAAGAAAGAGUGAAGGAAAUUGAAGGCCCUGACAUCAAAGAGAGUCUCCAAGAUCAGAUCCGCCAGUGGUUCAUUGAAUGCCGGCAUACUACAGGAAGGUUUCCUGACUAUCCUGAUGAAGAACAAGGAGGUUCAGCUGUUCUUUUUUCUGAAAAAACUCCAGAGGAGGUUGCUGCUGAAUUGGCUGCUAAAGAAGAAGAAGAAAAGAAAAGAAAGGGCAGAAGAAAGGGGAAAAAAGAAAAGAAAGAAAAGGGGGAAAAGAAAAAGAAAGGAAAAGAAGUGAAGAAACCAAAAAAGAAAGAGGAGGAAGAAGAAGAAGGAUGGAAAAUGUCCCCUAGUAAUUUUCUCCCAAUAAUGGAAGAAGGAAACAACAAAUACAAAGAUGUUUGGCAGAACAGAGACGAGGCAUGGAACUUCUCACAGGAGUAUGACCCAGAACUGAUCAAAGAAGAAAAGAGAAAAGAAGUAGAAGAAGAGAUCAGAGUCCAGGUCGAUGAAUUAAUGCGUCAGGAAUUGAAGAACCUAAAGUUAGCUGUAGACAGAGAGACAGAGAAAACAGUCAAAAAGGGCAGAAAGGGAAAGAAAAAGAAAAAAGGUAAAAAGGGUGGAAGGAAGAAAAAAGCUAAGAAGGAGAAAGAUCUGACUCCUGACAGAACCAUUGAUUCUCUCUACCAGGAGCUCGUAGAAGAAAAGAUAUUAAUAAAACCUAAGAAAGUAAAGCUCAGCGAUUAUGUGGGUGAAUGCAGCUAUCUGGGGACUACACUUCGUCAGGUGAACAUAGAACCAAUGCCCUCUCUCAUAGAUGUCAAACAGCUCAUAGCACUCUAUGGAAUAUUGCCACUAGGUUCUCAAUCUGUACAUGAGAAAGCUCCUCUUGUGAAGGCUUUGCUCUUGGCUGGACCAGUAGGUGUGGGGAAAAAGAUGCUUAUCCAUGCACUGUGCACUGAAACAGGAGCCAAUCUUUUCAAUUUAUCGGCAGCUAACAUUGCAGGAAAAUACCCUGGCAAGCCUGGUCUGCAGUUGAUGCUUCACAUGGUUUUUAAGGUAGCCAAGCAACUACAACCUUCAGUCAUAUGGAUUGGAGACACAGAAAAAACUUUCUACAAAAAGGUGCCUAAAGCAGAAAAAGAGAUGCAACCUAAACGUUUGAGAAAACAACUUGCCAAAACUUUGAAAACUCUGAAAAUUGAAGACCGAGUACUGGUAGUGGGAACUACUAAACGACCUUUUGAUGCAGACCUCAAACCCCUUUGCAGAGUUUACAAGAAAAUCAUUCUGGUUCCAAGGCCAGACUACGCUUCAAGAUUUGUUUUAUGGAAACACUUCAUUCAACAAAAUGGAGGGGUUCUCUCUAAACCACUGAAUAUAAGUUGCCUGGCACACGUUUCCGAUGGGUAUACUCAAGGACAUAUCCUCAAUGCAGUUCAAGCUGUCCUAACUGAACGGCGCCUAAUGCAGUUGAACAAGAAGCCACUGGUUGCAGCUGAAUUCUUAACUUGCUUAGCCAAACAGGACCCUGUAUACAAAGAAGAAGAAGAAACAUUUAAGGCUUGGUAUGCAAAGACUCCUCUGGGAAAAGCACGGAUCAAGUCACUGACAGAGAACGAAGAUACUGCAAAGGGGAAAGGAAAAGGGAAAGGGAAAGGAAAAGACAAGGGAAAGGAUAAAGAGAAGACAAAGGAAGGCAAGAAGGGCAAGAAAAAGAAGAAGAAGAAAUAGCAGUCAUUUAACUGAAAACUUCUCUUACUAUACUGCUCAGUGUACAGAAAUGUAGUGUACUGUUGCAGGGAGCAGCUAUAGGGGUAUUUUCCUUGAAAUUUUAGGUCUUUGUUUGAAUCUACUACAGCUUAUAUUUACCAAUAUUCUGUGAAAAAUUCAGGACAGGAUAUCAGUGUGGCAUUUGAUUCCCUCAGGGUGAACUAAUGGCCACUGAAUUUCACUGUUCUUUCUUAGAUGUUUUCAGAUAGUAAAUAUCAUUUCUUAAAUAGUUAUGCUUAAAUUAAUAGGAAUCUGCUUUAGAAUUUGACUGCAUAGUGAGACAUUUAUUUUUGAUCAUCUGUGGCAGGGAUGAGCAUUUUGUGGUCUUCCAGAUGUUGUUGGAUUGCACACCCCACCAUUGCUUAUGAUGGCUAGGCCUGAUGUCAGUUGCAGUACAGCAUCAUCUGGAGGGUCACACAUCACCUAUCCCAGAUAUCUGGGCAUGAAUAUUCCCCCAAUGAGAUUAUAACACAUUUAUACCCAGAAAUCCCCAUUGAGGCCAAGCAAAUCCUAUUCCUUAACAUUCCCUUUCUUGAUGAGCACACUGGCAGCUCUCUAGAGAGGCCAGGAAUUCCCACAUGCCAAUGUUCUGAAUAUCACAAAGCUACAGCACAGAGGGGGGGGGGGGGGGCUGGAUGGAGAUACAGGAGACAUCCACAGAUUUCCCAUCUCCAGAUUGACAACACACACACACCCUUUACACAUGCUGGAAUGAGGUCAUAAGAAUAGAGAAGACAUUGGAACACUGUGGCAAUCCUUUCAUGAGUAGGAUUUGUGUUUGCUAUCUGUUUAUGCCUUACUAAAGUUUUUCAAUAUCUUUAUGACAAUUUUCAGUGUAUGUGACUAUGUUUCAAUUAUCAAAAUAAAUAUAUAAUAUAUUAUACUUUCCAGUAAAGUGUU